AUGAGAGCACACUCUGUAGAUCUUGCUUUGACUUGUGGUAAGGGUGAAGCAUCUGCUAUAAUAGAACACAUCAUAUCUACAGCACUAGAAUUCUACAGUUGGCCUAAUGUGUGGUCCUCUUGUGCAGCAGUUAGAUGCAAUGAAUUGGGUCACACUAUGACAUUGCGGUGCAACGAAAGCCGGCUUGAUCAUCGACUUAGGCCGGCAUCGCUGCUCGGAUUAGCGUUGCUGGCCAAUCCAUGA